CGCUGAGUAGUACUGGUAUCAGCUGCUACUUUUCCUGUGAACUCGUAAUUGUACACGUCGACACUGACACAAUGGCUGCAGAAGAUGACGAGACCUUUACAUACGAGCACAGCUGCCCCGACGUGGUGCCACAUCCAGCUGCUCGCAACGUCGAACACGACAGAAGCAGGCGUCAAGGGGAACAAGUUGUGGGACCCCGAGAAGAGGAAGUUGUAAAUGAUCGCUAUGGUGACCACGAGGAGCAGUCCGAAGAAGAAGAACCACAGCAUGUUCGGGAUCGAGUUGAACAACCAGAUCAACAUUUGCGAGAAGAUCAUCCGGGCGCAACCGCUCAUCUUCCCGGCACUGACCACGUUGCCGCGGACGCUGGUACUAGUACUUCUAAUUAUUCCAACUCCUCUGCUGGGUUCUUCUCCUUCUUGUGCAGCGCGUGUUACGACGUUCUGGGCUGCGGAAAUGGGAGUGGUGCUUGCACUUUUAUGCAAUAGAAGCGAAAAACUUCGAGAAGUAGUUUGUGUUCCUCGACAGCCCAUGGUAGAUUUGUCUUGUUCAACAUGAUCCGUAGAGGUGGACGACGCAGAGUUCAAUAAAGGUGCAAGUUGUACUAGUGCACGACUGUUUAGUACUUAUUCUUGCAUUUGCAAGAAUUUGGUGGACAACAUUCAUUCAUGAGACGUUUGUUUGACGUCACCCCGCUUGACCAUGCUGCGUGGCAGAUCUUGUUGCAUUUUUGUAGGAGCUAGUGCAUGAUUGUUUUUGCUUGUUCGCUGCCAAAGAAACUGACAUGAUCUACUGGUGUUGGGGAGGGCUCAAAGCCGCUUCUUCCUUGCAUAAAAACCUUCUGGCAAGACAAGUGGGACGGUUUCGCCCGUAGUUUCUUCGGCGCCGCGGUGGUCCAGUCUUGUGCUUGUCUCUGUACGAC